AUGUUUAUCCAGUAUACGUGUGCUAUUUGUAAAACGCGGAGUUCUGAGACGUUUUCUAAAUUAGCGUACACUAAAGGCGUGGUGAUAGUCACUUGUCAAACUUGUCAAAAUAAUCACCUUAUUGCUGAUAAUCUAGGCUGGUUUGACAAAGAUAAUCCCAAGAAUAUUGAAGAUAUUUUAGCAGGAAAAGGUGAGAAAGUGAGAAGAAUUGAAAGUGUUAUUAAUAAAGAUAAUGUAGAAAUGGUUCCUGAUACUGAAAAUGAGACGUAA